GGCUUGUCGCCUCGUCUACGCUCUCCGUCCCUUCACUACGUCACGGGGAGACAAAAAAAAAACGAGGCGGUCGAGUUGGGGCUGCGCACGCGUCUCUUACCUUCCAUCGAUCUCCGGUCCUUGGGAGUGUCGGGUCGUGAUGACUAGCGAGUCUGGGCUUCAACAACGCCAAAAGAACACAGAAUAGGAUCCAUGAUAACGUGCGUGAGGAUUCGCGGGAUGGGGAGCCCGUGCAAGGAGGCGACGACAAAGAGAGAGCGGGAAUGAACAAGGCCGAAUAGAUAAAGGCCGUGCUUCCUCCGCGCGCGGUCUCAUCGAUCGUACACCCGACACACACACAACGCGAGUCAUGUCUGCCCCCUUGCUGUUCCCCUUCGAGGCCGGCAACGAGCCGGAAACGACUUUGAAAUGGAUUCAGUCCUACUACCCCUUCACCUAUCCCAUCGCCAUCGUCUACUUGCUCUUGAUUUGGGUGCUGCAGCGAUGGAUGAGGUCGCUGUCUCCGUACAGACUCACAGUGGCCCUGUUUGUAUGGAAUGCCGGCAUGGCCGCUUUCAGCGCAGUGGGCGCCAUCAGGAUCAACGAGGAGCUCAUUCGCGUCGCCAGUGGAUCGGGAUUCCAUGCAACUAUCUGCAGUAACAGCUACCUCUACGACCCGAUCACGAACUACUGGUCCUAUUUGUUCGUGGUUUCCAAGAUAGUGGAGCUGGGCGACACUAUUUUCCUCGUUCUGAGGAAAAAACCGGUGCGUUUCAUCCAUUGGUUUCAUCAUGCCAUCGUGGUUCCUUUCUCUGCUUACGGAGUCGGGGGUCUCAUGUCGACCGGAAGAUGGUUCGGAGGCCUGAAUUACUUCGUGCACACCAUCAUGUAUACGUAUUUCGCCUUGACGACCUUGGGAUUCGCUUUCGCCCGUUUCGUGCCGCUCUUCAUCACCUCACUUCAGGUUCUGCAGAUGUUCCUCGCAACCUUUGCCACUUUUUGGACCUUGUUUGCCUUGAUGGUCGGCCUGGAUUGUGAUGUGACUCCGACAAACGCUUCCGUCUCCUCCGCCGUCUAUCUUUUCUUCGUCAUCCUUUUUCUCAAAUAUUUUCUCGGCAGCCUGAAGCAGAGGAGCAAGCGCGAAUGAAGAAAUCUUACUUUUCCCUUUCGCUACGAACGAGGUGAAUUCAAAAAGUCCUCUCUUUAUCUCUGUUAAGCUAGCAAUGCAUGCUUGUUGCUCAUUUUCAAAAUCGCAGAACCUAUCGCAGCCUGGCUGGCAAAUAAAUGCCUACGCAAGUGAUUCUAAUUGUUUUGUAAACAGACAGUACUCUCUGAGGGCAUUUAUGACAUACAAGUUCGGUAUGAAUCUCCGCAGUUUUCUUCCUCUGUAGGCUCAUGAAGCAGAUUAACAGAUCUUUGUUUAUCUUUACUAAACUGAGCCAUUUCACCUUGUCUCUGUAGCAAUGUCAAUAUCAAUUAUUUUUUAUAGGCCUACAUCGAAUACACAGAGAUGAACACGAAAAAUAGAGAUGUAAGAAAUAUAUAAAGCGACGAGAUGGCAUAAUUAGAAUCUUUCUGUCAAUUAAGAUGCACUUAAAAAUGGUUACAUAACUUUUUGAAUGCACCUCGUACACGUGUGAGCGUGAAUCCGGUGAACUUCUUGAGAACCCCUUGACCGUUGAACCCCACUACUCCCGGAACAAAAUGUCUUGUUUGCCAGGCUCUCGUGCACCUAUCUUAUCUCCAUGUUGGGCAUGAUUAUUACCAUCCCGGAUGUAUUGUAUUGCCACUCCAAGGACCCAGAAAUGUGGAGAAAAUGAAUAUUCAAAAAUAAUAAUAUACAUCGAUAAGACCAAUGGAUUGAUUACAUUCAUUGAAUUAAACAAAUUUGACUUGCCUUAACC